AUGAGUUGUGAUGAUUCUAUGAAGGUAGAAAAUGAAGAAGAUAAAACAGAUAUGAGUGAAUUAAAAAUAGAGAACUUAUCCAAAAGCCUUGAUGAAGAAGAAAGCAGAAAUGAUGAAGAAAAUGUUAGUAGUAGAGAUCAUUGUAAUGGUAAGAAAAAUAAAAUUAUAAAGGAUGAAAACAAAGCACUUAUCUAUCACCAAAAUGCUAAUAUUACUGAUAAGAACAAAAAAGAAAUACUUGAGAAAGAUUCAGAUUGUGUUGAAUUAUUCGAUGUGAAAAAGAUAAUUGAUAGAAAUAAUGCAUCUGAUGUAUAUCAUAAUAAAGUUGGAGUUAAAAAUAAUGAUAAUAGGAAUAAAGUUGCAGAUAGUAGAGCUGAAAUUGUUAGAAAUAAAAUAGGAAAUGUCAAAGAAACAUGUGAUGAAAAUAUCAAAGAUAAAUACUGUCACAAAUUUGAAUUCCAUAAUGAAAAGUCUUGCUGUAAUAAAUAUCUUGCUCAUGUUUACAAAUUGGUAAUGUUAGAUAUAAGGAACAGACCAUAUGAGUUAGAAGAUAACAGAGUAAAAGGUAAAAAUGUAAAAGUGAAAACCAAUGUUGAUAAAGAGGUAAUGAAUUGA